AUGGCUAUGUUGCUUGUAUCUCAUUUUUAUUUUGAUCUUACUCAUGAAGUUUACGCCCAGGUUGUCCAAGGAGGACAUCAAUCAUAUGAUGUUCAAUCGUUUAAGAAAUACUCUGGGCAGCCACUAGUUAUAUUUCCUCAGCAUUUUAAUGAAUUGGUAAACCGUUUUGGUAAUGAAUAUGAUAUUAAUCUCAAUACUAAACAUCUUAAUUUCACUAGAUAUUAUGAAGAAAGAUUUAAUAUUACAAAUUUAGAUUCUAGGAUCAAUAUUGUUAGAUAUAACGGGGACAGCACUGGAUUUCAUGAUAUUUUUGCAGAAGAGUUUAAAAAUCAUACCAUCAGUUUCCUUAAUGCAACUGUAUUAGAAGAUACAACAGAAAACUGCAAAGAUUCUGUCAUUGAUAAGGUAGUUCAAAUUAGUGAAUAUAGCAAAAUUAAAAAUGAAUUGAAUUAUCUCGUUAAGGUCUUCAAUUAUCAAUUAAAAUAUGAUCCAGCUUUUGCUGAUCUUAAAGUGUUUAUGGCCGAUGAUAUUGGUUUAUUAUUCAAACAGAAUCAAGUGAAGAAUCAUUUCUCUAAAUUUGAUGGAACAUCGGUAUGGUUGGAACAGUUUGGUGUACAUUUUAUGAUAUCAGGAGUCAGUUAUAGUCAAAGUGGAAAUAAAGACGAACCAACAUUCAGUUUAGUAUAUGCCCAAAUUUUUGAUGCUCAUUGGAAUGAAUUAAGGGAUGUCGAAUUAAUUAUGCCAACUAUCGUUAACAACAAACCUAACUUUAAGAGAUUAAAGUUUCCGUCGUUCUUACCUAUUCCAUUCUUUAAGGGUUAUCAUCAAGGUUUAUAUUAUGGUAUUGAGGAUCCAAAAAUGCUUCUUAUUAGAAAUUCGUUCGGGUUUGAUGAACCAUUAAUUGUGUUUAAUUCUCUUCACAGAAAGAUUGAAGGGUUUAGAAAUGAGGCUAAUAGAGAUGAUCUAACUCAAGAAGUUCUUGUUGAUCUUCAUCUUUUUAGAUCCAUGUUUAUUUGUUAUCCAUUUCAAUAUGACUAUGGCAUGCCAGCUAACUUGAAUGGUAUAAUGAAUCCAAAGUAUGAAAAUAUCCUUUUUUCAAAGGUUAUAACCCUUGAAAGGCCCGAUAUUACCAAGAAACAAACUGAAAAUAAUUGGACACCAUUUGUGAAUACUCGUGAAAGAAUUAAUGGAGUUGAUACUCACAUUUAUUUUGUUUAUAGUUGGGCCAAUCUUCAAAUUUUAAAAUGUGAAUUGAAUACCUUUGGACAAGGCAGCGUAUCAAAUUGUGAAUCUUAUUAUCAAAUGAACGAUCAAUUAGUUGAUAAUGCUGAAGCUGCAGCUUUAAGAGGAGGAACUGAGUUGAUUAAUCUUAAUCAGUAUCUUCCUCAUAUUGAGGUUGAUGCGUGGUUUGGAUUAGCCCGUGCGCAUAUAAUGGAUUGUGGUUGUGGGUAUGAUAUGUAUAGGCCAAAUUUUGCUAUAAUUAUUAAAGACGAAGUAGGUAAUUUUGAAAUAUCAUAUUUGUCAUCGUUUGUAUCAUUUGAUAUCCCUGUUUAUGGAUUCAAUGAAUCCAAAAUCCAAUGUGACAAAUCAUUUCCUAAUGCCUUAAUUCCAAAUGGGUUUUCAAAUUGGGUGGUAUCCGACCCACCAGAACAAUUUUCUAGUAAGACGAAUGAUUACUUAGCUAUCACAUUCUCAGUAGCUGAUUCAUCCAAUUAUAUUGUGACUAUGAAAAACUUCUUAACCACGAUUAAUGAAAUGGUGAGUAAUCAUGGUACAAAUCAGGCUGUUGACGAUAAUGUAGUAGGAUGUACAUUAUCGAAAUCUUUUCAAUUCUGUGAGGCUUAUGGUAAUCAACUUAGAGAGACUUCACCAGAAGCUUUCAAUUAUUAG